CAAGUGGUUCUGGAUGUCCGGUGGGAGGACGGCUGUGCCAUUUGGCAAAACUCCAGUCCAUGUGGCUGCACAGCCACACGGGAACACCUCCUGUGGUGGGAUCACCAUCGUGACAAACACCUUCACUUCAUCAGCUUGACAGUAGGGUGUCUAGGACCCUGUGUAGUACCUGCUCCUUGCUCAUUCCUCAGAGCCUUGACGUCAGCGCAGUAAAACGGCGGAGGUCUCCGGUGCGCGGCGGCAGAGGUGCCAAAGGCGCAGCGUCCAGCGCGCAGUGGCGGCGGCGGCUCCGAUCUCUCCGCCAGACCCUCACUGAGCACACACACACACACAUCGCGGCGGGACGGGAUAGUCUAGCCUACAUCCACACAUACAAGCGACCGACCUACCGACCGACAUCCUACCGGGUUUUGAACCGGACCUCUUCGCCUCGCCCUGCCCGGCCCGGCCGCCAUGUCCUCUGCUGUCACCGAAACGGAGGAGGCGGCGCGCAGCUCCCCGCUAACGCCGCUGAAGCUGGUCGGGCUGGUGUGCGUCUUCCUGGCGCUCUGCCUGGACGUGGGAGCAGUGAUGAGCCCGGCGUGGGUGACGGCCGACGACCAGUACUACCUGUCCCUGUGGGAGUCCUGCUGGAAACCGGCGAGCACCGACAACUGGCAGUGCAGCAGCACGCUGGACUCAGACUGGCAGGUUGCUACGCUGGCCCUGUUGCUAGGGGGUGGAGCCUUGGUGUUGAUGUCAUUCCUGGUCGCUCUAGUUGCCGUGUGCAUCGGCACGAGACGGCGAUUCUACGCGCCUGUUGCCAUCAUGCUCUUCGCUGCAGUUGUCCUCCAGGCGUGCAGCUUGGUCCUCUACCCCAUCAAGUUCAUCGAGAGCAUCAACCUGAGGAUCUACCAUGAGUUCAACUGGGGCUACGGCCUGGCCUGGGGCGGGACCAUCUUCUCCUUCGGGGGCGGCAUCCUCUACUGCCUCAACCCCAAGAACUACGAGGACUACUACUAGCUCAGCUUCAACACCAACAGCCCUACUACAGCCACAAGAUACGUCCUGGGACAGGUGUUCAAGGGGUGAAGUGAGGGUUGGGGGAGGGUUGAGAGAGUGGGGCUUUGUCUUAUUGCCUCAAUUUACCCCAAGAACUGAGAGGACUACUUCUUCUAGCUCAGUUUUGCACCAACUGGGACAUGAACCAAUGACACUGCUCUGACCUUGGUAGGGCUUGGAAGUUGCUGGAUCAAUUUUCUUUAGUUUUUGGCCUCAAUCCCCAGAACUCUUUGCGCUCCAACGUGUAUGGCUGUUGUUGUACCAUCUGGCAAGCUCAUGGGGAUCUGAACCGACGACCCCAAAGGUCACAGACUGCGUCCUGGAUCGAGCGGGUGGGUGAGUUAGCCAGAAGUGGAGGGGCUAGGUUACUGGUUCAGUGAAGACUUUUGAAGAUUACUGCUAGUUUUUUUUUUCUUGCUGGACAGUCAGGAGGGAUUUGAACCAGCAACCCCGCGGUAACAAAGCUGGAAAGGGCCUGGGUGGAAAGAAACAGAGGUUUAGGGUUAUACUGCUGCCUCAGUCCCAAAACUAUGAACUAAACUGCAAAGACUUCUGCUUAAUUACUCACUACUGACUACCUAACAUAAUGACUAACUGAGUUAUGAGCCUGGAUGGGACGUGUGGGAGGCUUUUACAGCAUGUGCACGCACACACACAUGCACACACGGGCACGCCGACGCUCAGCUCGACCACGACAUGAAUUUUAUUUGAGUGCACUGCAUCAUCUGCAUCAUCAUCAAAGCAUCGGGCAAGACUCCAGACAUCUCAGAAAAAAAAAAAAUGAAAUUCCCAGUGUCCCGCUCCACUUAAAUUUCAAAUGCAUCGCCAUCACCAUCACUUUGCUAAGAGUUCUAGGAUUUUUUUUUUUUUUUUCUCUCUCAGAGUCCUUUUCAGCUCUUGAACUUGUGGAAGGAUGUGGAGGAGGAUCAGAUCGCUCGGGGAUGUGAAUCUUCAGCAGUGCUCUGCAACUUUUGCAAAGACAGAAUGGGUUGGGUUGGGUUGGGGGGGGGGUAAAAAAAAAAAAAAAAAAAAAAAAAAAA